AUGUGGAUAUUUCACGUAAUUUCCCAUACUGAAAUACGCACACACAUGUCGGGCAAACAAAAGCAAAAGCAAAAUACAAAUAUCAGAUAAAUCACAGCAAUGAUCGAAAUCCAUAGUUUAAUGACAACGUAACGUUUAAGUAACAACAAAAAAAAAAAAUAAAUAAAUUAGAUAAAUCAUGAUGACGACACUCGACGAAACAAAUCACCGAUGCGUACUCGCAGACAAGAAUCGUUCCAAUUACAUACUGGUGCAACAACACCACCGAGCAACAAGUUGCUCGACAUCCCAUUGACUCAACCCAGUGUGUAUGUUCGGUAUUAUCGAUCGUUCGGAUUCCCAUGCUAUCUUGGCAUCGGUUGCCACGAGUCAAAGGCAUUCUCACAACGUGCACCACGUGGAAAGAGAGAGUCCGUAUCGUGGCAUCCCGACGCCGCUAAAAUAUGGGGGCAUACGCACGAUACACAUCUGCUUGCCCUCUACGUGCAAUUACGAGGAAGCUGGCGUUGCACCCCAAUGCAUCGAUCCGCCACGAAGAGAGACGUUCUUCUAUUUCGUGCCACUUCACAUGAGGGCUUAUUCACUCGCUACAAGUAUCUUGGAAACAAGUGGCAACCGAGAGAUCAACACGCUACAGGAGUUCUGAGAAAAUGGCACCAAGUGUUCCCAUUUUUUUCCACGAAUUUCGGCCGAAUUUCGUUCUUCGAGUGCCCUCGUCGCGACGACGAAGACGUUUCUGAACCUCCACGGUACAGAAGAAAGAUUCCCGUGGGAGCGUUCUCUGGUGAUCAUGUGCCACAACACGUAGGUCCACCAGUCCCCUGUUGCUGCAUUAAAUUGGUGGACGUUCCAGAAAUGGAUUACUUUACAAAGAAGAAUCAAGGCGAAGUGUGCGUAAAAGGCACCAACGUAUUCGUAGGAUAUUUCAAAGAUCCCGAAAGAACUAUCGAAGUUAUCGAUGAAUUUGGUUGGCAUCAUACCGGUGACGUUGGCAUGUGGUUACCUAACGGAACACUUAAAAUAAUCGACCGAAGGAAACACACCUUCAAGCUUUCGCAAGGAGAGUACAUAGUUCCAGAGAAAAUCGAGAGUAUUUAUUUACGCAGUCAAUAUGUUCAUCAAGUGUUCGUCCAUGGAGAAUCCCUAAAAUCUUGUGUUGUGGGAAUAGUAAUACCAGAUGUAGAUGUUGUAAAAUGUUGGGCUGUAGAAAACGGUAUACCAGGUACGCUCAGCGUAUUAUGUGCUAAUCCACAAGUCAAACAAUUGAUUAUGGACGAUAUGCUUUCGUGGGGAAAAGAAGCUGGUCUCAAAUCGUUCGAACAGGUGAAAGACAUUUAUUUGCAUCCCGAUCCGUUCUCCGUGCAAAACGGCCUUCUUACACCAACAUUGAAAAUGAGGCGACCUCAGUUGAAAGAGUAUUUCAAACCGCAGAUAGAGGAUCUCUAUCGACAUUUGGACUGA